GCCGAGAGUCUUUAGCAGAGUUUAACCAAUUUAAUUUCCGUUUGAGAUAGGGUUUACUAAUAAUUUCUGAGAGAAAACGAUGACGACCAGAAGCGCGAGUGCGAGGAGAAUGACUACCAGAGCGGCAGAAGAUGCUGACGAUGAUUUUGUCGAUGAAAUCCCAAUUAUAAAGACACCGAAGUUAUUGAAGACAACAGCUGGGCGGGUAUACAAAAGGAUGUGUGACGAAGGACUUUUGGUUGGGAAGAUUGGAGUGAAAGUUACAUGUUAUUGCAAUGUAUGGGUUGGGGCAAACAUUGUGGAGGGAGUGGUCAGUGAUGCAGAUCUGUUAGAAUUAAAGAAAUCAGCAUUUGGUGACUUCUUCAAACUAGGUGGAAUUAAGUGGCUGACUGGUCAGUUGAUGAUUAUGUUGGCAUUGAAUUAUGUAGAACCAAUAAAGCAGAGCGGAGAUGUGGACAGGCUAAAGUUUCACAUUGGUGACCGAGUAGUUGAGUUCAAGAAAUCAGACUUUGCGUUGAUAACCGGGAUGAAAUUUGGGAAAAAAACCGAGUUUGGGGGUGUUGACAUGAAUGAGCCUAAUGACAUAAGCAAGAGGUAUUUUGGAGGGAAAAUGAGCGUAACACGUCAGGAUGUGGAGUAUGUGUUCAAGAAUGUACGUGGGAUUAAAGGUAAGAAGCCGAUGGAUGUAGUGAAAUUGGCUCUACUUUACCUUGUGUGCUGCCAUGUCGUAGGGAACCAAGGGAGGACAAGGAUCCCAGCACUUUACAUGCAUUUGGUUAAUGACGUGAAGCUGUUUAAUGACUUUGAAUGGGGAGAGCACCUUUGGAAAGAUGUGGUGGAGAGCAUGGGCAAAUGUUCUACGAUCCUCAACACGGGGGGUAAUGGUCGUUUUACAUUCCCUGGUUUUUUAUUCCCCUUGCAAAUUUGGUCAUUUGAAACAUUCCCCCGGUUGAUGGAGAAUGGAAUUUGCGCUAUUGGGAAGGACAGUAAAUCCUUGAUUCCGAGAGCAUUGCGUUGGGAGACUGCGUUGCGGCCCAAACAGCAUGUGUUGGAGAAUUCAAUAUUCGGAAAACCAGGGGAAAGUGUCAACUGGAAGGAGAUGGUUGCAACCCCCAUGGAGCGUGGCAUGGCAAACAUUGAAAGAUUGCUAAGUGUGGGAGGUGUAGAUAAUGGUAGCAGUUCAAAUGCUUGUGGAGAAGCUGUUAAUGAAGAAUAUGGAGCUGGUCGUAGGUCUUUAAAGGGUAAGUUUCAUUGGGGGCCUGUGACUGCACGCGUUGAUGGCGUGCAGAAUGAAGAUGGAAUGCAGGUGAAAGGUCCUGUGAGUAAAAAAACAGCAAGGGUGAAGAGAACUGAGAAGAAAACAGGAAACGCAGAUAUGCCUCGAAAGCAAAGACCAACAGUGGUGGAGGAUGUAUUGGGUGAGGGGGGAGGUGAGAAUGAACCUUCACUGCGUGAUGUCUUGACCGCCAUAGUUCACAUGGAGAAGAGAAAUAUCAAAUUGCGAGUGGAAGUGACUAAACUGCGAAUAGCACUGAAUGCGCAAAGCCGGCUACUGAAAAGGUUAUUAUUAGGUAAAAAAAUAGCUAAGCGGCAACAGAAAAAGAGAGGAUAUAAAAUAGAAGAGAAUGGAAUGCCGAGCUUCGAUUUGGGUAUAGAGAGUCAAGAGAGGAGAGAUGAUCCAGGCAAUGGGCAGGAGGAUAUGAUUUGGGAGGAGGACAUAAUUAGGGAUGCUGAUAUAGGAACCCAACUUUGUGUUUCAGAUAAUGACGUUGAAGAUUCGUUGAAUGACAUAAGCACACAAGAGGUUGAUGGGCGAUGGAGGAAGGCAGUCGAGAGUUUGGGGCUGAAGAUGGAACCAGGCAAGGGUGCAGAGUCUAGUAAGACAAUGAAUUUGGCAAAUGAAGAGACAGCAGAUGAUGAGCAUCGUGAUGAAAGGGUAGUGGAAGAGCAGGCGGAUGUUGUUCAGCGUAUGGAUGAUGCGGAACUUAUAAGGGCAUCCACAAGUGAAGGCGUGUGUGCUGGAGGAUCUGGAAGUGGGAGUGGAACUGUUAUUGGAGAAGUGGCUGGUGGGUUCCAGGACAAGUUUGAGACUGCACAGGACGUAACGCCAGAGAAAAUUUGCUGUGAGAAUGUAAAGGAGGUGGAUGAAGAGAUUGUAUGCGAUGGUGCUGAGGAAGCAGUGGUCAUUGAGGAACCAUGCACACAGAUAGUGGUCUAUGAAGAACCAAUAAGUGUUGACAUACCAAGAGAAGUGAGAGAUCGGGGGAAAAGACCACUGAAGUGCCCACAGCGGUUCACUCCUGACCAGCUGAUAGUCAAGCGUAAAAGGAAAAAGGUCAGAAUAGUGAUGGACCAUGCUGUAGAGUUCGGUGGAGACGGAGAUGAUUUCAUGGGGCCAUUCACAUUAAACCCCACUGAGAUGCCAGGUGAUGACGAUUUGAGGGAGGUGGAUGAGUUCAUGAACAAAGGUCUGUUAAGGAAGCAUAAGAAGUCGCCCGGGCGUAGGUACUGUGCAAAUGAAAAUGUCCUAUCACCAAGUGAGUUUAAGAUUCACUAUGAUGAGAAGGACACCUUAACGAAGAGCUGGUACUACGAGAUCUAUUUCCCAUGGGGGUGGCUCACUGAUACGCAUCUUGAUGUCAUUUUCUACUACCUGAGGAUGAAAGGCGUGGAGUUUGGGUUGGCGCAAAGGUACACAACGACAGACACCCCGUUCCUUGAAUUAUUGAGGACUUUGUGCGAUAGAUAUUUGAAGAAAGAACUAACAAUGGAGCAAGCCAUACGGAAUAAGACAAUAAGGAGCACAAUCAUUGGAGGAAAGAUGGAGUACGGCCGUCCAUGGCAGGGUGCAGAUUUUGUGUACAUGCCACUGAAUACGGGGAGCCAUUGGACGUUGCUGGUUCUGGACAUUACGCAGAAGGUAAUCACAACAUAUGACUCAAGCCUGCGGAGAAGCGAUUCGACAAAGAAACUACAGCAGUUUAUGCCAAGCCUCCAGAUGUUUCUACCAAAGCUGAUGGAUAAGCUUGGAGUGUAUGAAGGACGGGAUGAAGGUCCUAUAGGUGACAGUGUCCUUGCGAUUGAGGGUGGGUCAUGCUGCCCCCAGCAAAAUGACGGGUCUAGCUGUGGGAUGUUUGUAGUGAAGAUGGCUGAAUUUCUCAUGAUGGGCCAUGAUGUGCAAGAUAUGAACGAUACUGAUAUUGCUGCGUAUCGUAAGAAAAUGACCACGGAGUUGUUGGCGUAUUCUGCAUUGUAGGACUCAUGGAAUGAUUUUUUUGUUCGGAACUGCCUUCAGUCGGGUUGGUUUUGUUUGUGCGUGUAGUGUGGAGACCUCUUCUUAAAUUCCCCUUUUUUCUGCUUUGAGCGGUGCUACUAAUUAGGGUGUUUACAGUGGUUACGAUUGACUUAUGUUU